CUGAGCGCAUUCUGACGCAAGAGCAGUCACAUCAGCGUGAUCGGAGGCGAUCAGGGUUGUUCUCCAACAACCGGGAACUCUCCGAGGCAUCACCAUGGGAAGCUGCACCUCGGGGUUAAAGAAGAGGAGGAAAGGGGAUUCUGCGCCAGCUGAGGAAGUACAAAACCAAAAGCCUGGUGAGGAUGUGACGUAUGCAUCUAUCAACCACAGCAGUGGUCCAGCACUCAGAAGACCCCAAGCCGCCACAGACGACGACAAUGACUGCGACUACACUUUAGUAAAAAUGCCGGCGAGAAAUGAAACUGAUGCCCAAUCUGAGUCGUCUAAAGAAGAAUGUGCAGAUGAUUAUGUACUUAUGGGAUAAUUAGUAGGAAAAGUUGAAUAAGACAUGAAGAAAAGGAUGCAAGAGCUUGCUUGCAGCUGAAUGCAGAUCACGUCUUGAUUAUCUAAGAGAAACCGAGGAAAACUGUGAUAAAAAAAGAAAAAAACAACAACAGCAGCUAGUUGUUGGGAUCAUUAAGCUGUUUCCUUUUCAUCUCUGAGAUACUUUUUUAGGAGAAUGUGAACAUUUUAAGCCAGCGCUGAUGAUUCCUAAGAUAACAUUUUGUUCAUCCAUUCAUCCCGGGUUUAUCACGUCUUCAUCGUCUUCAGGAUCACGGGGGAGUACUGGAUCCUAUUCCAUCCGUCUCUGACACAUCAUCCCGGAUUGCACGUUUGGACCAAAUCUGGACUACUUUUAGCACACUUAUGUUAUGGAUCAGCACUGGCCAGGGCCAGGUGGGUCAGACAUGUCCCUGAGCUCAUGCACUGGGUCAAGUUUGGGUUUUGGUGUUGUAUCAACCCAAUAUAUAGCCCAAAUUUCACAGGUGGGAUAGAACAAGUGUCAUGUGGACCAGGUGUGGUCCCAAAGAAAAUGGGAGAUAUGAGCUUUGUCUGGUGGAUAUGUGGCCAAGUUUAGGCAGGCAUACUCAAUGUGGAUUCAGUCAAAGCCGAAGUGCAGGUAUGAGCUAAGAUGAGGGUAGGGAACUCACGGGAACCAGUAAGGGGGUGAAAACUGGACUUGAGGAAAUUAAUAUGCAAAUGCUUCAUCUUGAAGAACAGCGCUUGUGACUGUGAAAUUGUUAAAAAUUGGCCUUUUUUCGUAGAGAAAAUGAU